UGACAGCGCUUUGGUUUCCGGCUCGUCUCGCUUGCGAAGAAGUUGGCAGUCACUGGAGCCACAAUGGCGUUUGUAGUCUCCUUAAAAUAGGGCUGUGGAUAAUAUUAAAUCCACUAACAUCGCCCUAAAUAUAGGCCUGGUUGACUCCCAGAGCCAUUGAUAAUAAACUGGAACAUCUACUGCACACGAAAAUAUUAUCAUUUCUAACCAACAUUGAAUUUAAAGGGGAUAAAAGUUAUAUUAAAGGGAACAUGUAAACAGUACCAACCGGGUCAAGUUUUGAUUUUGUUGGAGCGUCUUCUAAUGAAGACAUUGCUUGCUUUUGAAUACUAAGACCGUAUUUCUACGGAAUAAAAAAACUCCUUAACCUAACUUGGCACCGGACAAGGACACCUUUCACAAGGGGACUUUUUUCCCUCUUUUUUACGAGUCAGCUCGUUAGCUGCCCAGCUUUAGCUAGCAUCCCUAGCUAAAUGUGAGACGGAGACGGCACCACAAAGCUCCAAUGUUUUCCUGGAAUCCUUUUUAUUUAUUGACUGAAUCUAACUACCACCGUUACAGCACUGGAAAACCUAUGGGGGCAUUUUCUCUGCUUUAACGAAAGAUAUUUGUGACUUUAAAUGAAGAGCCGUGGAAAGGACUGGACGUGAGAGGCCUUCUACGUUUGAUAUCUGUUUUCUGCUUCUGCUUGAGUUGCACUUUGUUUUUUUGUUUGGGCAUUUGAAGUAACUGCAGGUAGUUCUCCUGUGAAUGACCAGCAGGGCCCAGACGCAGGACAGCCACCGACGCCAGCAGUAAGGGAUGCCUGGGUCGGACCGACACCAUGGGACCAAGAGGAAGUCGGAAUCCAGCAUCGGCGGUGUGUCACAUCACACACAGCACCAAAGUUAUACCUCUGAGGGAGACGUGAUGAGCAAAAGUGGUAAAUCGCAGUUAAAAUCUCAAAUGUCUGCUUCGUCACUAAAACGUAAACGACAUAAAUCUUCAAAACAUAACCGUGUGUCCUCGGUUAAUGCGCCGGGGCCCGAAGAUUAUACCUACGGGGAAACGGCGCCGCCUGCAGUCAACACGCUAAAGCCAUUAGUGGAGUAUGAUGAUAUCAGCUCUGACUCGGACACUUUCUCGGACCCACUGCCUUCCAGACCCCCCCAGAGAGGAGCCGUAGAGCGAUUGGAGCAAUCGCUAGACUAUGGUGAGGACGAAAUUGAAAUAGAGCAUGUGCAUAGGGAAAGCAAGGGGCACAGGCACAAUCGCAAAAAGCCCAAGGACUCUAAUAAGCUCACGGAAUCUGGAAAUGGGGAACGUGGGUACAAGAAAAAGAGCAGUAAAGACCGUGAAAAGAGGGGCUCUGGAAGGAAUAAGGAGAAGGUUGUCUCAUCUGGCUCCUCUUCCAAACGCAAGGAGUUGCAAGAAGCUGAUUUUAAACGUGGGGAGCUUUCACUCUCUCAGGUGCAGCUUGCAGCUAGCGUAGGUAGCGCCACCUCAUCCACAUCCUCGUCCCGGAGCAAAGAGAGCGGCCGCUCAGGGAAGACCCGCAAAGAAAGACAACAACAUAGAGAAGGACAUGGAGAGGGCAGUCACAGUUCUUCACAGAGGACCAGGGUGGAAAAAGCACAUAGGAAGUCCUCCAAGAGCCACAAGCUGAGCCCAAAGGGCAAGUCUUCAACUAGGGGCAGCCCCCGUCGGAAGACCACCACUUCUGCUUUGUCCCCUAGUCCUCGGAGAACAGCUGAGAGUGUGAGUCCACUGGGCAGCGGAUAUGGCCAUCAGGAAAAUGAUGGCUACCCCAGACGUAGGGUAACUCAACACAGUCCCAGUCCCUAUGGGGACGUCUCUUGUCGCAGCAGGCAGAGAUCAGACAGUCCCUACGGCAGCAGACACAGGUCUUCCAGCUAUGAGAGGGACAGCAGCCCCUACUCAAGAAGGCGCUCCAUCAGCCCUUAUGCUACUCGCAGGUCCUCCAGUACCAGUCCCAUUUCUCGACGUUCUAGAAGCCGAUCUCCUUUGUCCUACUCUUCACAUCGUCCUUCCUCAAGAUCUCGCACUAAGCGACACACAACCUCUGGGGCAGGAGGCAGUUCCCACAGCAGCCGGCCAGCGAGCCGCUCCCCUCCAUCAAGCCGCCUGCCACUAACCUCGAGCUUGGGGGCAGAGUUGAGCCGCAGGAAGAAGGAACGCCAAGCCGCUGAGGCUGCCGCCCGUGCUAGCACUGCUGCAUCGUCUUCUCCUUUAGUACGUAAACCUGCAGCUCCCUCUUCAUCCGCCUCCUCACGGCCUACUAAGGUUGAAACUACACAGCCAGAAAAAGACUGUGCUACAGUGGAAACAGAAGAACCUGAACCAGAACCUCAUCCUCCACCACCCCAAUUGCCCCAAAGUGUUCCAAUUGCUGAUGAUGACGUUGCUGCGCCGCUCCCCUGUUCAUCAGAGUCCCCCGCUCCACCACCACCACCACCUGAGGCCUCGCCUCCUGUUCCAUUUGGGUCUGCCAUACAGAUUGCUCCACCACCACCUCCACCACCUCAAACAGAAACAUUGAAGCCUCCUACUCCAUCCAACACAUCUCAGGCCAAAUCACCAGCUCCGCUUCCUUCACGUAGUCCUGUCCGCCAGACCCCUCUUCACAAGACGUCGACUCUGCCCCCUCUUCCUUUACCUCCUGUACUGCUGGGAAACACUCAGGACAGCCCAAAGAAGAAUACUCCUCCUCAGAGGCCACCCAAGAAGGAGAGGGAAAAGGAGACCCGCGUGCGGCCCUCCAUUAUCGACCUUCCUCUACCACCUACCCUGACCGGAAGUGACUCGUCACCACCACAGUCCCCUUUCCGCCAGCUUCCUUUGCUACCCCAGACAACCCUUAAGAAGAGACCAAAGAUUUGCUGCCCACGGUACGGUGAGCGCAAACACACUCAGAGUGACUGGGGGAAGCGCUGCGUAGAUAAAUUCGAUAUAAUUGGCAUCAUAGGAGAAGGCACAUAUGGCCAAGUAUACAAAGCAAAGGACAAAGACACUGGUGAGCUUGUAGCUCUGAAGAAAGUGCGUUUAGACAAUGAAAAGGAGGGAUUCCCAAUCACAGCCAUCAGAGAGAUUAAGAUCUUGCGGCAGCUCAAACACCGCAGUGUUGUCAACAUGAAGGAAAUCGUCACCGACAAGCAGGACGCACUUGACUUUAAAAAGGACAAAGGGGCAUUUUACCUGGUGUUUGAGUACAUGGACCACGACCUUAUGGGCCUGCUGGAAUCGGGCCUAGUCCAGUUCUCCCAUGAGCACGUACGCAGCUUCAUGCGACAGCUGAUGGAGGGUCUGGAUUACUGCCAUAAGAACAACUUCCUACAUAGAGACAUCAAAUGCUCCAACAUCCUACUCAACAACAGAGGUCAGAUCAAACUAGCUGACUUUGGUUUAGCCCGGUUUUACAACUCCGAGGAAAGUCGGCCAUACACUAAUAAAGUAAUCACACUAUGGUACCGUCCCCCUGAACUGCUGCUGGGAGAGGAGAGGUAUUCACCAGCUAUUGAUGUUUGGAGCUGUGGGUGUAUUUUGGGAGAACUCUUUACAAAGAAGCCCAUCUUUCAGGCCAACCAAGAACUGCUACAGCUGGAACUCAUCAGUCGUCUGUGUGGCAGUCCCUGUCCUGCAGUCUGGCCGGACGUCAUUAAACUUCCCCUCUUCAACACCAUGAAGCCCAAGAAGCAGUACAGGCGGAGACUACGGGAAGAAUUUGCCUUUUUACCUACGACUGCCCUGGAAUUACUGGACCGAAUGCUGACCUUGGACCCCGCACGUCGCUGUACAUCAGAGCAAGCUCUCAACUGUGACUUCCUGUCAGAUGUAGAGCCGGAUAAAAUGCCCCCACCGGACCUUCCUCACCAUCAGGACUGCCAUGAGCUUUGGAGUAAGAAGAGGCGGCGUGCGCGUCAGAGUGGGCUGCCUGAAGAUGUGCCUGUGCCCAAAGUGCCCCGUAAAGAUGUGACAGGGACCUCUAGUGGAGAAAACAGUCGGCCUCAAAAGAGCCCAGCUGGGGUCCCACCACCUCCACCAGGAAAACCUCCUCCUACAGCAAAUUUAGAGAGUGAGUUGUCAGGCUUGGGAGUUGCCGCGGAUCAGUUAAACCAAACAGAGUUGGCAGUUCUUUUGAACCUCCUCCAAGGACAGACGGACCUCAGCCUGCCCCAGGUCGCCCAGCUCCUCAACCUCUCCAAUCCAGAGGCUCUCAGCCAGACGCUGUCUGCUCUCAGCGAGGCCUCUGACAACCAGGGGACACAGGAGGAGCCGGCAUCCACUGCUGCAAGGCCUCACCCUCCAGAGCCGCCUCCUGAACCCCAGGAGCCCUCACCCACAUCUGUAGACCCAUCGCUCAGCCAGGAAGAGCAAGCGAACCUGCUGGCUCUCAUUCUGAGUCAGAUCAUUAAGCCUCAAACCGAGGAGGAGGCCGAUGAGAGCAAUGGCGUCCAGUCAGGGGAGGCGCUAGCGCGUGGUUCAUCCACCUCUACUACUGAUCGCAAGGGCCCUGUGGUACCAAAGCGGAGACAAUUUACCAGUCAGGCACCUCCAUCUGCUGACCAACGUCCCCCUUCUCCACCUGGGCCACCUCCAUCAUCCCUGCCACCUGGGAAUGACCAGCAGGACGGUGUUGAAGCCCAAAGCACCCAGGACAUCAGCCCUGCAGUGGCAGCAGCUUUACUCCAGCUCAUGUCCCAGCAGGACCCUGAAGCUGCGGCCUCCCAGCACAGUAAAGACGCCUCUCCUGCUGAGGACACGCAGGCUGCAGGACUGUCUCCACCUCCCUGGGUGACGGGCUCUCCGCCCAAACCUUCAGCUGCAGCUAAGGCUCCAGCCGGACAUUUCCCUAAGGACCAGGAUCUCCGUUUUUCCCAUGGGUCUGCUCGCUGAUCCUUCGGCCGCCAGUGAAGACCAUCCAGACGCGGUGAGGUGGGCUGAGCAGCUGGGGCUGGCAGCUGGAGACAGAUGAUGGUAGAAGUUGACUUGAAGGUAUUGAAAUUACAGCUUAAGUCAAUUCCUGGUGUGACAUGAUCAACCCCUGCCCUUCUCCAGUUCUGGUGGGGUUGUGGUUGAUUUGACCUUUGACAGUCCAGUUAACGUCGGUUAAACCUGCAAUUUCUUUGCUGUUUUCCCUUUGUCCAAGAUCCUAACGUGAUUGAAUGACAGUACCAAACCUUAGCAACCAGUUUGGAGGCGACUCCUUGCGCUUACGAUAAUUGUUGUCUUCACCGUGCUGCCCUCUAUUAACAACACGGUCGUCAGUGUUUCGGGCAAUCAAGCCAUUUCCUAGUACUCUGCCUUCAUGAGCCGCAGCUAAGGCUACAGUGAAAAGAAUGAACAUGAGGCAGUGAAGAAUGCCGUUGUCCCUCUCCCCCUUGUGAGUGACCUUGCUUGUGACCUUGUGAAUGAUCUCAGCCUCAGGGUUGGGUUUAAGUUUCUGCCCGUGAUUGUGCAGAUGCCGGUACCGACCUU